UAAAAACUUAGUAGAUUUAAAAACUGUGUACAAGUAAUUAUGUGAUAAGCAACGUAAAUUUUAUUUUUGGAAAAAGAAAAUGAUGAUACCGUAAGAGUGUGAUUGACGGAAACGCGCAGCGUAUCAUCAGGGAAAACGCGAUGCACAGCAAAUUUCCUGCUUUCCUCAUAGGAGUUAAAUCCUGGCGCAAUCGCAAUGACGUAGAAUCUCUAGCAUGCACUGAUAACAAGGGACGAUCGGGACCAGCGAAAUUUUCACGGUACCAGUGGACGAUACAGCGGAGUGAGUCGUAACACGAGGUCACCAAGCCGUUAAGGACAUUUGAGGACGAAGAGCGUUAUCUGCAGCGUGUGGGUCCGCGCGCGCGCGCACACGCGAUGUCCAUUCCUGACAACGAAACCGCAACGCGCGCAAUCGCUGUGCCGGGAGCGUUGUUGAUCCAGAUCACCAUUCACCAGGAUCCGCAUCGAUCAAGAUCACCGUUAUUCAGGAAUCUCGACUGUCGCAACGGCUCGCGAUGGGAUCGUUGAGAGUCCUUAGAUUCUCAUAAUUGCUUAGACCGUGAAACUUUUGAAUUAAACUCGCGAAUACUUUCAGCUUGAUAACCUUUGAAUUGUUUGCUUAUGGUGUUCGAAAAUAUUUGAAUAGUUCUGGAACUUUCGUGCUGUUGCUGAAGCUAUACGAAGAUACCCGUGCACUUCGCCGUGACAUUGAAUAAUCGCGGGAAUUGAAUGCGAGAGAAAAGUGGAAGAACUUACUUUCUUUCGCAGAUAAAUUCGCGAAGAAAAGUGAAGAGGAAGAAAGAAGGAAGAAUUUACCAGACGGGGAAAGGAAGAAAAAAUAGAUAACUUUUAUAACAUUAGCCGAAGAAUUUUGCUGGGAGAAAAAGGAAAAGAAAAGUCCAGGAAGAGGAUAAAGAAUUGAAAAGGAAAGCAGAAAGGAUUACGAUUAAAAGACACUGACUCCCCCUUGACAUCAUUAUGUCAGCUCAACCUUUUUCUACCCUGCUGAUCCUCGCAGCGAUCCUUGGCGAUUUGACCAUCGGUAGCGCCGAGAGGAUAAGCGGUUUAUACGUGGACAACGGCUUUGAUCAGACGGUGGUUCAUCGUGUAGUCAGCCAGCGUGAGAAACGCGAAGUAGAGCAUGAGAUUCUGAAUCUGCUGGGACUCCCGGAUCGUCCACGGAACACCAUCGGUAGGACUCCCCAAGUGAAGAGGUCGGCGCCCAAGUUUCUACUGGAUAUCUACAAGAACGCCCUUGGCGAGGACGAAGAGGAAAAGCCCGUGGCACGUAGUCACAAAGCCGGGGAGUUCGACCUCAGCAGACAGGAUCUGAGAGCGAUUGAUCAGAGCGAUGUUAUCAUGACUUUUGCAGCUCACAAUCAUCACGUCCCUGGGGUGAGACACGAACGUGGGAAGAGGCUCUGGUUCGAUGUGUCCGAAGUACCACCUGAAGAAUACAUAAUUGGCGCUGAACUUAGGUUGUAUCAUAGUGCACACACGAAGAUUCAGAAGAGUCAUGGUUCUCACACAAUCACGGCUUAUCGAGUAUUGAACACUAAAGAAGGAAUUCGAGAAUUACAGUACGUCGAUGCCAUAAAUAUUACGGACAAAGAGGGCUGGCUGACAUUGAACAUCAGCGAGGCUUUUGAACAUUGGGUGAAGGACUCAAACGAAAAUCGAGGACUGUAUCUCUCUGUGCAUCCUGCUGAUCGUUCAGCGCAUGAAGUGAGACCAGAGGAUAUUGGAAUUAUGGGAUUCCGGGGUGAUCCAGACAAGCAACCCUUCAUAGUGGGCUAUUUUAAGAGUUCAGGCAUAAGGGAAUCCAAGGUUCGACAGAAGCGCGAUGCCAAGAGGAAGAAGAAGAGUGAGGCCACCAGUUGGGAUUAUCGGAAUAAUCCUUACACUGCAUAUCUUUUAAAACUCUGGUUCCUCACGGCGCACUACGAUGUGAUGAUGGCUAUGUCGGAUUACGAUAUCAUAGGCAAGGAAUCGUACGUUUUUUACGAAUCCGAUGAUUGGAUUAUUGCGCCGGAUGGGUACGAUGCAUAUUAUUGUAGCGGGGAAUGCAACUUCCCAUUGAACGCUCAUAUGAACGCAACUAACCACGCAAUAGUUCAAACUCUAGUGCAUUUGGUGAGCCCGGGCAAGGUACCCAAGCCAUGCUGCGCACCCACCAAACUUUCAGCCAUUUCUGUCUUGUAUUUCUUGGACGAGAGCAAUGUCAUCUUGAAGAAAUAUAAAAACAUGGUUGUUAAGAGUUGCGGCUGCCAUUAGAUUUUUCUUUCCCAGCCAAUUGAUAGAAUUGAAAAACAACACUCAUUGUUGCAGAUGCCAACUGAACUAGAUGAUAAUUUCAUAAUCAAAUGAACAAUAUUUCCUCAUUGCUUUCGGUUUUUAUUAUUCAGAUGCGGUCUUUGAGCCUUUUAAAAGUAU